GCAAAGCUAGUAUUGAAACAAGACUUAAAAAAUCAUGAUCUGUGUCGGUAUUACAUAUCCACUAUGAGGACUGUUGCAGAAAAACAUGUGAUCAGAAUACAUCCUUCUAUAAAAAGAACAUUCUGCAAAAGUUGUAAUAUAGUCCUUGUGUCAGGUCAUACAUGCAGAAUAAGAUUAAGAAGUAAAAAAGAAACACAUACAGUUGUGACAUGUUUACUCUGUGGGACCAUAAAACGUUUUAUGUGGAGAAAAAGUUACAACUUCUGGCUGGACAGACCUGAAGCUUGGCUGAACAAGGAGAAGAAAAAGUCUUGA